UAAAAAUGAAUUGUGGAGCAAGUUUAAUCGCUAUAUUCUUCCUCUUAGUUGUCAAUCUUUCCUUCUUUACUGAAGUCGAUUCCAUUGUAUUUCCAUUUCGGCCAUCACGACCAGGACGUUCGGUUCUAAACCAUGAAGUUAUAGCUAAACGUCAUGCAUCAGCAAUGGAUUCUAUCAUUGCACCGCCAGAAAAAAUGCGAGUUGUAAGAGGUGAUUAUUUUUAUUCACCCUAA